UCUCAACACAAAGCUCCACACUGAAGCAAUCCCCCCUCCCACACACUCUCCACAAACCCUAACCUCCAUGGAUCCAUAACACCUUCCCAAAAAAAAAAACCCGACUUAAACCGGAAAAAAACAUUAAAAUGCCGAGCGUAGGCGUAAAGCUCUACAGCGUCUUCUUCAAAUUCCUCCUAAAACACCGUCUACAAAACCGGAUCCAAUCCGAAUCCUCAUCAUCAGAUCCAUUCGGCGUCACGACCCGACCCGAAGAAUCCGUCUCCCCUCCCAAUCCCUUAUUCACCGACGGCGUCGCCACCAAAGACAUCCACAUCGACCCCUUAACUUCCCUCUCCCUCCGCAUCUUCCUCCCCGAAUCCGCCCUCACCAACAACAAUAACUCCCGAAACGCCGUCGCAUCGGAUCUCCUCCUUAGAAGAAACAGCCACGGCUCCUCCAACUCGCUAUCAUCUCAUAAAUCCGAAUCUAGAAGAAGCAGUUACGCUCACACAACAACCGCAACGGCCUCAUCGGCAUCAGACUCCGACGUGUACAGAGGGUACGCGCCGUCGUCGUCGGGGAAAUGUAGGAAGCUUCCGGUGAUGUUGCAGUUUCACGGCGGGGGGUGGGUGAGUGGGAGCAACGACUCGGUGGCGAAUGAUGUCUUCUGUAGGAGGAUGGCGAAGAAUUGCGAUGUGAUUGUGUUGGCGGUUGGGUAUAGGCUGGCGCCGGAGAGUAGGUACCCCGCGGCGUGUGAGGAUGGGUUUAAGGUGUUGCAGUGGUUGGGGAAGCAGGCGAAUCUCGCGGAGUGUAAUAAGAGUAUGUGUGGUGGUGGUGGUUUGAGGAGAGGUGAGGGGGUGAUGAAGAAGGGGGAUGUGAGUAAGCAUGUGGUUGAUGGUUUUGGGGCUUCUUUGGUGGAGCCUUGGAUUGCUUCUCAUGCUGAUACUUCUAGAUGCGUGCUUCUUGGUGUGAGCUGUGGUGCCAACAUAGCAGACUACGUAUCCCGCAAAGCCAUCGAAGCUGGUCAAAACCUAGACCCAGUCAAGGUCGUGGCUCAAGUCUUAAUGUACCCGUUCUUCAUCGGUACCGUUCCCACACAAUCCGAGAUCAAACAAGCAAACUCUUACUUCUACGACAAACCCAUGUGCAUUCUCGCUUGGAAGCUUUUCUUACCAGAAGAAGAGUUCAGUUUGGACCACCCGGCAGCGAACCCGCUCGUUCCUAACCGGGGCCCACCGCUCAAGUUCAUGCCACCGACGCUAACCAUUGUCGCAGAGCAUGACUGGAUGAGAGACAGAGCCAUCGCUUACUCAGAGGAGUUAAGGAAGGUUAACGUGGAUGCUCCUGUGCUGGAGUACAAAGACGCGGUUCACGAGUUUGCAACUCUCGACAUGCUUCUUAGGACACCACAGGCUCAGGCCUGUGCAGAAGAUAUUGCCAUUUGGGUUAAGAAGUAUAUCUCUCUCCGUGGCCACGAGUUCUCAUACUAGCGAGGCUGUGUUGUUCUUUUUCACUGUGAGUAGAAUUAGUUUAGAGAAGUGUUCUGUGAGAUGGAGUCGAGUGAAGACUCUCAAAAGCUUUUGUUGUCUCGGGGUAUUUCCCGUAUAUUAAACUAUAUAUUAUAUACGUUCUCUUUGAGCAAGUGUUCCUGCUUUUUCUUUUGUUUAUC